GUAGUAGCGGCUGCAUUUCCACAGCCCGCUCUCCAGACUGACAGCAGCAAACGGGAGUUGAGAGGCGGCUCGGCGGAGCGAGGGAGAAAAAGGACUGGAAACAAGGGAGGCAUCUGCAGAGGAGAGGGUCAGGAGAGGAGACUUCACACACAUUUGCCUCUCUUUCUCUUUCUUUUCUCUGGCAGCCAUAAAAGGAAUCUCACCCUGUGCUCUUCUUGAACUGAACUUGCUCUGCCGAAGGACCUGCUCCCCGCUAUGGCAGCCCCGGUGGGACACGGGAACUCCGUUUCCCUCUCAUCUUAUCAUUGGACUACCUUAAUCUGGACUCUGCUGACCCUCUCCAGCCCAGCCAGGGCCUUUAACCUGGAUACUACUCACACGCUGCACAAGUUGGGAGACCGGGGGACCUUCUUUGGCUUCUCUCUUGCACUUCACCAGCAGCUUACCCCAGAGUCCCAGAGCUGGAUCCUGGUGGGCGCACCGCAGGCUGCAGGACAUGGCCUCCUGAGGGGCAGUCGACCGGGAGCCCUGUUCAGGUGUCCGAUCACGCCGGAGGAGUACGACUGUGAGAGGGUCGACAUCGAUGGAGACGUGAGCCUGGACAGAGAGAGCAAAGACAACCAGUGGCUGGGAGUCACGGUGAAGAGUCAGGGGAUCGGAGGCAAGGUGGUGACCUGCGCUCACCUGUACGAGCUGAGGCAGCGAGUCAGCAGGCCCUCCGAGACCCGCGACCCCAUCGGGCGCUGCUACGUCCUGAGCGAGGACCUGACGGAGCGGGACGACUUGGACGGAGGGGAGUGGAAGUUCUGCGAAGGUCGGCCUCAGGGUCACGAGCAGUUUGGCUUCUGCCAGCAGGGCCUGUCGGUCAGUUUCACCCCAGACAACAACUUCAUCCUGUUCGGGGCUCCGGGGACGUACAACUGGAAAGGUGAGAUGCGCGUCCAGCUCCUGAAUCAGACUCUGCUUGACCUCGGUUUCUAUGACGACGGGCCCUACGAGGUGGCAGAUCACAAACAGCUUAAUGCCCAGCUCAUUCCUCUGCCCUCCCACAGUUACCUGGGAUUUUCCGUGGACUCGGCCAUGGGGAUAAUGAGCCUCGGGGAGCUGACCUUUGUGGCCGGAGCGCCUCGGGCCAAUCACACGGGGGCGGUGUUGCUGCUGAGGAAGGACAACGUGUACCGGCUGGUGCCGCAGCACAUCUUCUGGGGGGAGGAGCUGGCGUCUUCGUUUGGUUACUCGGUGGCCACCACGGAUCUCAACAACGACGGCUGGACUGACCUGAUUGUCGGCGCUCCAAACUUCUUUGACCGUAAAGCGGAGAUCGGUGGAGCAGUCUAUGUGUACCUGAACCCCUUCGGUCACUGGGACGACCAGGCCCGGCCCAUCCGCCUCAACGGGACGUACGACUCCAUGUUUGGGAUGACGGUCAGCAGCGUUGGGGAUCUGGACCAGGAUGGUUAUGGAGAUAUUGCUGUCGGAGCACCAUUUGAUGGCGAUGGAAAAGUUUUCAUCUUCAGAGGUUCAGAUGCUGGAAUUGAGACAAAGCCUGCUCAAGUUCUGGAUGGCCGAGAUUUUGACGUGACACGAUUCGGCUACUCCAUCUCAGGUGGUUUGGAUAUUGACAGCAACCACUAUCCAGACGUGGCGGUGGGUUCGCUUAACGACUCUGUGGUUCUGUUCAGGUCUCGUCCAGUCAUCCAUGUGAUCAGAGAAGUAUCUAUUAACCCUCAAUACAUUGCUCUGGAUCAGUUUAACUGUAAGGGCAGAGACGGAGUCUGCGUGGAGGUCAAGGCCUGCUUCACCUUCAUAGCCCACCCAGAACACUACUCACCACGCAUUACUCUCACGGUGCUCUUUGAAGCUGACACCGAGCGCAGGAAGCUGGGCCUCCCGCACCGGGUUAACUUUCUGGGCCGCAGCUCACUGGAUCCGGAGUACACCCAGACAGAGGAGGUGGAUCUGCAGCAGCAGCGUCACCCUGUGUGCACCACCGCCGUCUUCCAGCUGCACGACAGCAUCCGGGACAAGCUGCGCCCCAUCUCGUUGGCGAUAACUCACACGAUCAAACCUGUGCCACUGCAACGACACUCUGCCAAGAAGCUGGCGAGGCUGCCACCCAUCCUGAGCAUCUCCCCGUCCAACACGCUGCACUCCGAAGUGAACUUCCUCCGUGAAGGAUGUGGCCCUGACAAAAUCUGCCAGAGCAACCUGAAGCUGAGCUACCAGUUCGGCACGCAACCCGUGAACACUGACCUCUUCAUCCCUCUGCCAUUGGAUGAGGACGACGUGCAGGUGUUCUCUCUGUCAAACCAGCGGGUGGUGGUCCUGGAGCUCACCGUCACCAACAUGCCCUCUGACCCCCUGAACCCCGAGGAGGACGGCGAUGACGCUCACGCCGCUCAGCUCCUCAUUUCCCUACCAAACACGCUGUCGUACGCCAGCUCGAGGGUCCCACCACAGAUGAGAUGCGAAGCGAAUCCGAACGGCUCCCAAAUUGAAUGCGACCUGGGAAAUCCUGUCAAAAGAGAUACCAAACUGAAAUUCACAGUCAACCUAAGCACUGCAAACAUCACCUCAGCGAUCACGGAGCUGAAAGCAGACCUCUUACUGACGACUAUCAGCGAGCAGCCUGACUUGACCCCAGUCACGGCUCACGCUAAAGUUGUGACAGAGCUCCCUCUGUCUGUCAGCGGACUUGCCCGUCCUCACCAACUGUUCUUCAGCGGCGCCGUGAGGGGAGAGAGUGCUAUGACCAGCCUGGAGGACAUCGGCACCCCUGUGGAGUUUGAAUUUCUGGUUUCUAAUCCCGGUCAGCCUCUUCAGACGUACGGCUCUGCCUUCCUCAACAUCAUGUGGCCGUACGAGCUGUCCAAUGAGAAAUGGCUCCUGUAUCCGUCCAACCUGACGUUCGACGGCCACCCGGACACACCCUGCUCCUCCAUGACAGCCGUGAAUCCUUUGAAGCUUCAGAGCUCCUCUCCUGCAGAGCCUGUUCAGCCUGUCAGUCGUGUGGCCGGGAGGACUCGGCGCUCCCACCCGGAGGAGAAAGGUCAAGUGAUGACAAAAGGCAGCGUUGGACGCACCACGCCGGCUGUAGCAGCCUCAGAACGGCGCAAGUCACUCAAACUGGAUUGCCUCCUGGGGUCGGCACGCUGUGUGCUCUUCCAGUGUCCUCUGCACAGCUUCACUGGUCAGGCCGUCCUCAAGAUUCAAGCCUGGCUGUGGAACAGCAGUUUUAUAGAGGAGUUUUCUACAGUGAGCGCUCUGGAGCUGCUGGUCAGAGCCAACAUCACCGUGAAGUCCAGCAUCAAACAUCUGAUCCUCAGGGAUGCUGCUGCACAGAUUCCAGUGAUGAUUUAUCCUGAGCCCGGUCUCACCGACCAGUACUGGAUCCCAUGGUGGAUCAUCCUCAUCGCCAUCCUCGCAGGCAUCCUGCUGCUGACCCUGCUGGUCUGCAUACUCUGGAAGUGUGGCUUCUUCCGACGGGCUCACUACAAAGACAAACUGCCUCAGUACCACGCGGUGAAGAUCCCUCGCGAGGACCGGCCACAGUUCCAGACUAAGAAGUCCGGAGGCGUCCAUAAAAAGGAGUGGGCCACGCACUGGAGCGACGGGACCUCAUAACUCGCUUUUGAAGCACCGAUGGACUGAAACAAUUCGAAUCACCGUGUGUGGCGCUCAUUCUGUCAUUCUGUUGGAACUAACGGACUUAAAAAAGAAAAAAAAAUGUUCAAAAAAAAAAGUGCACAAAGACUGGGAUCCAGACAUCACGUGCACGCCUUGCUGUGACAGUACCUGGAUCUUUACUCUACAUACCGGCCUUACAUACUCUGUUCAUACGGUACUUACUGGAGACCCGUGGUUACUUUACACACAGUGUUGCUGCUCGUUUUGUUUCUCGGCCUACACAGGAAGCAUUGAUGCUUCGCUGACUGUCAGCCGUUUUGACUGACAGAACAAAGAAGGACUGAAAAUCAAAGACAUGCAUGAACGCACAAACAUACAGAGUAACAUUAGAGGCAUACAGACAUACUGAACUGUUUAUGAGGAAGCCACUGCCUGUGACUACGACUACUUUUUGCCUUAACUACUGUAAGACUGCAACUGAUAUGGGCAAAGAAAAAGCAAUGCAUUUUUUAUAUUAAAAAAAAAAAAGGCUUGGGGGUUUUCUUUUAUCCAGCAUUGGUAAACACUGGGAAUAUUUUUAGAACAUUACACAAAAUGUACUGUUUUCUGAACUUGCUGAUUGGUCUGGGCUUAUUGAACAAGCCAUUCAAGG